AUGAACAUAUUGUUUUUUGUUUUUGGUUUAUAUUGCCGUGGUGAUUUGACUAAGAGAAAAUUAAACAGACUAUUAUCAUGGAUCAACCUCUCCAAAAAGUUUUGCGAGGAAAGAGGCUAUUUCACCGUCGUUCUCUCCGGUGGUGACCUCGUCUUUUGGCUCAAAAAGUUGUUGGAUACCAAGUAUGAUGAGAUGGAAUGGUCAAAGUGGCACGUCUUCUGGGUCGAUGAGAGGGUUGUUCCAUUGGACGAUAAGGACAGUAACUACAAACAGACCUUGGACAGUUUCCUCUCUGAGGUAACAUUAUGA